AUUCAUGUGAAUGAGAGCAAUAGUUUUGGUAGAAAGUGCAAAGAUAUUUUCUCCAAAUGGGCUAAGGCUCAAAACCUUCACCUAUUGUUCCCCAGAAACUAACAAAAAAAUGCAAAAGGGAAAUUGCCAACACUUCUCUUUAGUCCUAUUCUACUACUCUACUGUGUGAGUUUAGCCACUAGCCAAAAACUCAUCUUUUUCAACAAAAUUUUCCAAACAUUUCUACAAUUUUUAUCAGUAAUCUCACAAUACCUUUUAGAGGCUUCUCUCUCUUGAAUUUCAGGGGCUGAAAGAAAAGAUUGGACUGAAAUUUCAGAUAUUAUCUUGGUGGUUGGUUAUAUUUUGUUCUGGAUUAAUCCGAUUAGUUUGAGUUGAGUGUGGGAUUUUGCUGUUAUGGCUACUUGUACAUCUGCUGUGUUUAUGCCUCCUGAUACACGACGGUCACGUGGGGUAUUGACUGUUCUUGGUGGUAGACUUUGCCCCUUAAAAAUCCAAGAUGAGAAGAUUGGAUAUUUGGGCGUUAACCAAAAGAGUACCUCGAGUUUGCCUCAAUUCAAAUGUUCAGCCAAUCCCCACCAUAGUGUCAACCAAUAUCAAAAUAAAGACUCCUUUCUAAAUCUACAUCCUGAAAUUUCUAUGCUUAGAGGUGAAGAAAGCUCGAGUGGAAAUGUCAGUGAGAGCUUGAGGGAUACGUCAAGCUCGAAUAAUUCUAAUGAGGCCAAAAUCAAGGUGGUUGGUGUAGGAGGUGGUGGAUCGAAUGCAGUUAAUCGCAUGAUUGAAAGCUCUAUGAAGGGUGUCGAGUUUUGGAUUGUGAACACUGAUAUUCAAGCAAUGAGGAUGUCGCCUGUAAUGUCCGAGCAUCGACUGCCAAUAGGUCAAGAACUCACAAGAGGACUUGGUGCCGGUGGUAAUCCGGAUAUAGGGAUGAACGCUGCCAAUGAGAGCAAGCAGGCCAUUGAGGAAGCGGUUUAUGGCUCAGACAUGGUUUUUGUGACUGCUGGAAUGGGUGGAGGAACAGGGACUGGUGCGGCUCCUAUAAUUGCAGGAACUGCCAAAGCAAUGGGUAUCUUAACUGUCGGAAUUGUUACUACCCCCUUUUCUUUUGAGGGACGAAGAAGAGCAGUUCAAGCUCAAGAAGGAAUUGCAGCUUUAAGAGAAAAUGUCGAUACUCUAAUUGUCAUUCCAAAUGACAAAUUAUUGACAGCUGUUUCUCCAUCGACCCCAGUGACUGAAGCUUUUAACCUGGCUGAUGAUAUUCUUCGACAGGGAGUUCGUGGUAUUUCUGAUAUAAUUACGAUUCCUGGGCUAGUAAACGUGGAUUUUGCUGAUGUGCGUGCUAUUAUGGCAAAUGCUGGUUCCUCUUUAAUGGGAAUAGGAACUGCUACCGGAAAGAGCAGAGCCAGAGAUGCUGCCUUGAACGCCAUUCAAUCUCCUUUGCUGGACAUUGGUAUAGAGAGGGCAACUGGAAUUGUAUGGAAUAUAACUGGUGGUAGUGAUCUAACAUUAUUUGAGGUGAAUGCUGCAGCAGAGGUUAUAUAUGACCUUGUGGAUCCAAGUGCGAACCUCAUUUUUGGGGCUGUGAUAGACCCAUCAACAAGUGGACAGGUCAGCAUAACCCUAAUUGCCACUGGUUUUAAGCGCCAAGAAGAAGGUGAUGGGAGACCUCUCCAGGGGAACCAACUAACACAGGGAGACGCUUCACUUGGAACUAACAGACGACCUGCGUCCUUCUUGGAAGGUGGUUCAGUAGAGAUCCCUGAGUUCCUCAGGAAAAAAGGGCGAUCGCGCUUUCCAAGAGCUUAAGUUAGUCCUUGUUUUUCCUGAUCUCCGUUAUGCAUCAAAUAUCGAGUUUAUCUUGUGGAAAGCUUUGUCCAUCUCAUUUUCCUUAAUAAUAAUGUAGUUAGUUCAUAGAUAUUUGUUCUGUUUUUCCUACUAAUAGUGCCUAUACAUAGUUUGCUAUUGAGUGUAAUAAGCUGGAGAUACAUAUCAGAAAUAGAUACUAGAAGCACAAUCAGUAUGGUUUACCUUGUGAUCUGUAAAGUGUUGCUGUAACGUAGAUAUCCGGAGUGGAACUUGUGCACAUAUAUGUGAUUUAGGAUCAGUUUUGAAAUUGUU